UGUUCCGUGUACCCACCUCCACUCACGGAGUCGCGGGGAUAGCCGAUAGCAGGCGGGAGGAAGGAAGGGGGAGAUCACCGGAAGGAAAGGAAGGCGUCGUCCGUGUGGCAGAUCGGCGAUGACGAAGCUGCCGGUGGACCUGCGGCAGCGGCUGACCCUCGAGGACUACAUCCUCUUCUUCACCACCCGCUCCGGCCACGGGAUCAACAUGGACCACCUCAACCAGAUCAUCUUCAUGCACGGCUUCGUCAAGUUACACCGCCAUAACAAGCCGGUGAUCGUGGACGCGCUCAACAAGCUCGACCUCAUGCGCCCGCGCCGCUCCACCGUCGGCAUCAACGCGGCCGCGCCCCCGCCGGGGGCCUCCAAGCCGUCGGACGCGUUGCUCUCCACGGAGGAGGCCAGGGCCGACAUGGAGGACCUCGGUUGGCGCGAGUGCCCCGUCGGCUCCCUCCUCUCCGUCCGCGCCGGCGAGUCGCGGCCCUCCGCCACCCACGUUCCGAUCGCCGCCAUCCGCCCUGGCUCCGCCGCCGUGGAGUGCAUCUCCCCGCCGGGCAUACUCAGCGCCUCCUCGCUCGCGUCUCCCAUUCCCGCGGCGGCGAAGCGGAAGCGGUGCAGAAGGAGCCAGGGCAAGGCGGCCAUGAUGGGGAAGAAGAGGCGCGUCGUGCAGCUCCUCACGCUCCCGUCCGUCGAGGACAUGGCGGCCACCGCCUAACGGUGGCGGGGCUCUUCCAUCUGCAGGGCGGCGUCGGCAUGGCCUCUGCUUGCUUCGUAAUCACCACUACUACUAAGUUAGGUUGCAUUAGUUUAGUUUGGGUCUGUGCUUAGUGUUCUGCAUUUUGCUUUAAUGUUGUCUGUAAAAUUUCUCCGGCUAACGAGAAUCUAUCUGUGCUAAAGGAUCAAAACUACUACUUCUAAUAUGUGCUUAUUUGGUGGUUUCACUUUUACGUGCAUUGGGCGAUUCAUUUCAUAUU